CACAAACACAGCGGCCGCUGUUAUUCUCCUCGCACCACCACCACCUCAUGGCUACGAUGGCUGGCGCUCUGAGCGAGACUUUGCUGGGAUGGCUCAUAUUCGCCAUCGUUCUGCUGGCGAUCGUGGCCUUCGCGUGGUUCUACGUGCGCUACUACCAGAGCCGGCACGACAGCGAGGUGAGCUCCACAGUCACGGCCAUCCUCGCCGUCGCCGUCGCCCUCUCCGCCGCCGCACUGCUGCCCGUCGACAUCUUCCUCGUCUCCUUCGCGAAGCUGCCCAACGGCACUUACAAGGAAUGGGCUACGGACAAUGCUACAAGGAUGCACAUUGAAAACACAGUCCUUUACGGCUAUUACACGCUGUAUUCCCUCGUUCUCCUCUUCGUUUUCUUUUGGAUUCCAUUUGUCUACUUCUAUUACGAAGAAAAGGGCCUGGAAGAAUUUGAUUCUACACGCUCGCGGCUCUGCACUGCCUUCAAGUACACCAUUGGCUUUGUCGUCGUGUGCGGAGUGCUGCUUCUGAUUGGGGCCUUCGUGCCUCUCGAGCCACCCAGUGACACCAACUCGACGGAAUGGCAAAAGUUGGCGUAUCUGUUUGAGGAGCUCGGCAGCGGACAUGGUGUGGACGCGUUGGCCUUUUCCAUAAGCACCUUGACGCUGGCCGGAAUGCUGUGCCUCAUCAUCUACACGGCGUACGGCAUGUCGGCGCUGCCAGUGAACCUCAUUAAAGGGAAGAAAAAUGCAGAGUACGAGCUCCUGCAAAACGCCGACGUCAUCGAUGAGGUGGAGCAGCAAAUUGAAAGCAUCCGAGCUAAGUGCGCCAACGGGCGCCCGCUGGCCACGCGCGACCGCCGGGCACUGCUCACCCUGGAGGAGCGGCUGCGCGACCUCCGUCGCCACGAGCGGCGCCUCGACUCGGCCGCCAAGGGCUGCUGCGCCAAGGUCGGCUGCGCCCUGAGGCCCUUGCAGAUCGUCCUGGGAGUUGCGCUUUCCCUUGUCGCCCUCCUCAUCAUCGUGACUUUGUUCCUGUCAAGCCUGGAUCGAGCGAUGCACUCCCUGGGCUUUUCAACUGGGUUCCUGCUGCUGAACGUGACCCUUCCCAACCCCAUCAACUUGGCCCUCCUCUACCUCCAGCCGGUUUUCCCUUUGGACUAUAUCCUGAUGGCCAUCAUUACCAUGUACUUUGUGGUGACCUCUAUGGCUGGCAUACGCAACAUGGGAAUAUGGUUCUUCUGGAUGAAGCUGUAUAAUAUCCGGACUGGGAGGACACGGCCUCAGGCACUUCUCUUCCUCUGCCUCAUUCUCAUGCUCACCGUGAUGCAUGUCAACUACGUGAUGUACAGCCUAGCACCGGACUAUGUCAUGUACGGCAAUCAGAAGUACCUGGCCAAUAAGACCACUUUUGAUCCGUCAACCAAAGUGGGAAACACGACUUGGAUUCUAACGUCUUGCGACGCAAAGGCUCCGAUCGAUGAUUGCACCGUGACACGCAUGUACCUGUUCCUGCACAAGUUUUGGUUCUUCAGCUCCGUGUACUACAUCGGCAACUGGGCCUUCAUGGUGGUGUUUGUCCUGGGGACGAUUGUCUCGUGCUUCAGGGGGCGACGCUCCUCGGUGGACGCGGACACAGACGCGUACUUGAGCGAGGACAGCGAGGACGAGCUGGUCCGCGUGUAACGCUCAGCGGCGCACGACGGGCAUCGAAAUGCCGACAUUCCCAUUCGGCUCAUUCCUGCGACUCUCAACGCUGCACUGAACGAAAGGGGAAAGCGAAUACUCACAUAUAUGUGCGGUGCACGCCUGAUCACGUGCACGCGCAGGGAAUAGAGACCCGAUAAGCACAUGUGUUUAGCGUCGCUACCGUUUUAUUUCUAGAGUGCAGGGUUGACGCUACGUAGGUGCAGUCGUCUGGGUUCAAACCCAGGCGGCGUUAAAAGAAGGUUCUCAUGUGCGGCGAGCCUGAUCACCAAUGACUGCACAGAGAGCAAAAAAAAAAUCACAUUGAAUUGUUUCACUUCAUUUGGCAAAAAAUGUCAGCUCUUAGACUUAAGUUUUUGGUUUCACUUGCAGCAAAUAGUCUUUGCAGGGCAUAUAGAUGGUGCACGCGUAGUUUGUAUAAAUAGGCCUUGAGUAACUUCUGCGGUGGUUUGCUGACAAAGGGUCGUGCACUGGAUAGAAUUUCUCAUGAUGUUUGUAACCGAAACAACUCGCCACCUUUACCACGAACAGUACGGAAAUAUGGGCACUCUUGAAAAUGGGCCAUUUUUCCCGUGUUAACUUUCUAAACGUGUUAUUUUGCUGAAAUGCAGUAUUGAUUUGCGGUGGUAAUUUUUUUUCGCUUGUGCUUUUCCUCCACGGAAAUAUGUCCGAUACGCUUACAUUUUUACUGUAAAUUUGUUUCCGUGGAAUUGACCCCAUUACGAUCUGACAAUUAGCAUUGUGUAGCCGUAUUAAUGUUGGUUGAACUGGGCGCAACUCACUAGAUGACAUCUGGCAAAGUCUCAACAGUUCAAGAUUGAGCUGUGAAGCAGAUGCUGCUCGCAAACAUUAAUCUUGACGGUGCCCAUGCCAGCGAUUCCUAUUAUUUUCCUUAAACGAUCCACACAAAUACUCUCUCGUGUGUGUGUGUGUAUACCGAGAUGAAAUUCAAAAUAUUUGAAUGAGAUUUUGUUUUUUGUUGUUAUUUUUUUCCGGACAGAAUAUUUUCAAAUCAACACUUAAAAUUGCAAGUGUAGAGGGUGAAGUGUGUCUCCUCCAUGAGCAGACCAGAGUGUCUUUUCAUUUUCCAGACUGUGGUGGCUGAAUCCACCAUGGCUAGGAUUUGAGCUCGAAACUCAUGACUAGUGAGUGCCCUAUUGCACAACACAUUGAGCUAUAAUGCCAGCCCUAAUCGAUCAUAUAGGUUAAUUUUCCUAACUUGUUUUGUGUUUGUGCUUUCAUUGCUUACAAACAAAGCCGUUUGUUUUAAGUCUGUUAAUGAUUGGACUUGCAUAGAUUAUCACGUUAAUAAUAUUUACAGAUUAAAGUGAAACGAAAAAAAAACUCAAUUUCAUCACUCUUUUAGCCAUUAGGACUUCAUAAGAACUGGACUGACAUUUAACUUUUUUUUCAAUCAGAUUUUUUUAUCACAAUCGUAUUUUCCAUUAAAAACGAACAAAAAUUGAACUUUUCCCUCCAUUGAAAAUUCAUGAAAUUUUGUUAAAUAAAUAUAAGGCUUCUCUUUGUAUUUAGAAAUGCAUAUAAAACAUUUAAAUUCACCAACUGUUGAAAGCUUGAGGACAAAGACUUGCAUUUAUUGGUUGCAGGCAGCAUCUGAACUUUGCCCUUCCAUGUUUACGUGAUAUUUGCUGUGAUGCUCUUUCAAAACAGUACGUUUGCGGUUUUUUGCUAUGCAUUUGGAAUAGAAUGUUUCAGCACGGUGCUGGGAUGUAGUCAGGAGAGGAAACUGUGAUGAGUGCCACUCAUUUGCUGGGUGAAGGAGCGCAGUUACCGAGACAUGCAGUGGCAGUGGCACCCAAGAGGUCAGCAACCAUAGGGGAAGAUGAAAACCCAGAUGAUGAUGAGAUACUGUAAGAACGGAUCUUGCCGAUUGGAUGUUAACUGUAAUUGGUCCGGGAUCCAGCCGAGAGGGAGAGGCAAUUGGCGAAGUUUGGUGGCAACGUAGACAUUACCCAUAAUGCCCUCUGACUGUGACCUGAUGGGCUUUUAGUUUACAUUUUCUUCUAUCUGUAAAACCCAGGAAUUUGUAUCGGUAAUGUACAUGAUUUCUAAGGGAGCCCUAGAAAUUGGCAACAACCUGUUUAAAAUAAUGCACGAAAGCAUGUUUGGCGGAAAUGGAAGCUACUUUGAGAAGCGCUGUACAGGGAGAGGUAAUAGUGCGGCUUUAUCUCCUGCAGAAAAAAUCAUUUGUAGGACUAUUGCAUGGUAAGAUGUCAGUCUUGGGACUGAUUUAUGCUUAAUGUUACAUCUUGAUGAAUUACGCGUGAUUAGACGGUGCGAUGCGUGCAUAGCUUUUUAUGUUCGAUUCCGUCCAGACUUGUUAAUGGGCAGCAGGUGAAUGUGCACUAAAAUUCAGCUCGUUACACCGUGCGUCAGUUUUAACGGCGUUUUGUAAUGUUUUCUCAGCCUCGGUCUCUGCAUCGACGCCCACUGAUUCUUCGCGGGUUACAUUUGCAGAUAAACGAACGUGUGACGCGUAAGGCUGCACGCAUCGGGACAUUCUCGCGAUUGAUGCCCCGAGCUGAAUUAGAUGUCCUUACCAUCAGGCCGUUCACAUCAAUGUGGAUUUAUAGCAAUUGCACAUUUUCACCAACGAGAUGCAGGUUUGUGCACAGUGGGGUGUGAGUGUAUUCAUUCUGACUGGGUUGUUGCAUGUUAAACUGACUGGGUGCCAAUUUUAAGUAACACGGAACAAGACACUUUUCAGUGGGAAAUCAUGAGCACCUGUGGAUGUACAGUGGUCCACUUGCGAAUACUAUAGCAACGCCAACAAUAAAAUGGAGAAAACAUAUCAGCAGAUGUGAACGUAACAUUGUCGGUGGGGAAAUGAUGGCAAUUUGAAAAUGCUAGCUGUUUCAUGGCAGAAUAUGGUGAGCGCCUUGGAAGUUCAGAAGCGAGCACGGAACGAAAUUAUUUGCAGAUGUCAUCAGAGAGAGGAGAUUUGCUAUAGUUGUGAGGCAGUUGACACAGGACAGGGGAGGGCAGGUCACCGAUGCAGGCAUUGGGGUGGCAUCCAGCCGAGGGGAAGGCCGCAGACAGAUGGUGCGAUUUUUGCAAGUGCAGCCCUGUGAGGUUUGCAUGGCAACUGUCGAGUUGAUUCCUCUUGGGAGAAAGCAGCGGCGUCGAUGACACAGGCCCUGGUGUCCUCUUGAUCUUGAGCUUUUUACCAGCCAUGGGAUUUUUUUUUCAAACGUUCCGUUAUACAGGGUGCUUCAAAAAAAUGUUAACAAUUCUGAGAAUUUGCAACAAGGCCACAAGAAAUGUCCCUCCGGGCUCUGGAGACCACCAGGCAUGUGACAAUGAUGGCAAACAAGUGGAGACUUACUUUUUGAAGCUAUUAACAUACGUUUUUUGUUAUGUUACAGUGUAUUAUCCGUUCUUUUUACAUUGAAAACGACAGGCCCAUAUAAGUGUUAACAUUUUUUUGAGACACGCUGUAUUGCAAUGGCUGGAUAUUCGCGGGUAUCUUCACUUCAGACGGUGGUUGUGAAUUGAUGUCUCGGUGAUAAAGUGCACACGAUGUGCAUUUUCGAUGCAUCCAUUCCCGAGAUUUUGCUGCGAAGGUUUGUGCUUUAAUAUCACUCAUCCAAAUGUGUUGCUAAUCUAUGAAAAAUGUUCACUUCAUAUUAUCACUCUGAAUUAUCGGUCGAGAUACUCAAAAGCUGCCUCAAUCACAAUACACGUAUUUCAUGUUCAUAAUUUCAUAUUUCAUUAUCGCUCUAAUUAAUAAAGUAUAUAUCCUAUUGAUUAUCCUUGUUUCACUUCACAGCAACAUGUGAGGCGCUGCGUGCCAGAGUGGUGCAUACAAUUGAACGCGAGCAAUGUUGUUGAGAUAACUUUCUGCGAAUACUGUAACGAGAACGGGCAUUGCAGCUUAAAUGAUGUGUGUAUAUACUGUAUAAUAUAAGGAUUUACAUUAAUUGCUCAGUCCUCAUCACAUCCAGUGCAUCUGGUUAUUGUAUCAGUAAUGAAACGUGUGUAAGAUGUGACAUUCUGGAAUAAAGGAAAUGAGGGAAUGGAGGAAGCU